CCAUCCUUCUUUCAGAGUCCCUUUUUCCGCCAUGGAUGACGCUCAUCUCUCUCUUCUGACUGAAACCGAGAACAGCAGCAGUGAAAACGGCGACGACGCGGCAAACGCCGGCAACGAUGCAAACGGCGACGACGCGGCAAACGUCGGCGACAAUGCAAACGGCGACAAAGCCGGAAACGCCGGCAACAAUGCAAACGGGGACGACGCCGCAAACGCCGGAAACAAUGCAAACGGCGACAACGCCGCAAACGAAGACAAUGCAAACGGCGACAAUGCCAACGAUAUUGUGCCGCUUCAAGCACACCUGGGCCGGAUUAUGAACGUGGUCGAUAUGAUCGGGAUGAGUUAUUUACUUUUUUCAUAUUUUAGCGGCAUAUUAACUAUUAUAUUUUCUCCCCCUCGCCGUUGGGUGGGGGGCCUAUUGCUUUGUUGCUUAGUCAUAGCUGCAAUUAUCUGGAGCUAUAUUAUUCAAAGAAGAGAGAGAGAGAGAGCUCCUGCACCACGACAAGUUGCUGAAGGACAGAGAGAGAGCUCCUGCACCACGACAAGUUGCUGAAGAGGAGAUGGAUCUGCCACCCCUAGCACCGGC